AUGAGCGCCCAGGCCGGUCAAUCUUUUGCUCACUCCACUGCACCCAUUCGCGCCGUGCGUGAGGUGCAGUUCGGUAUCUUGAGCCCUGAAGAGAUUCGAGCUAUCUCGGUUUGCAAGAUCGAGGUCCCCGAGAUCAAAGAUGAAUCUGGCAAGCCAAGAAUCGGUGGUCUCUCUGAUCCUCGCCUUGGUACGCUCGACAGGAACUACAAGUGUCAAACUUGCGGUGAAGGUCAUCAGGAAUGUCCAGGACAUUUCGGUCACAUCGACUUGGCCAAACCAGUCUUCCACAUCGGCUACCUCGGCAAGGUCAAGAAAAUUCUCGAGUGUGUCUGCUAUCACUGCGGAAAGCUCAAGGCUGAUGUUGUCACGGACCCCGUCUUUGAUCAGAUCGUCAAGGCGACGCGCGGCAGUCGAAAGCGUCGCUUCCAGCGUGUAUGGGAGUACUGCUCCAAGAAGAUGGUUUGCGAGGCCGAUGAUCCUAAGGAGGAAGACGAGAUGGGCUUCGAAGAGCAGGCUAAACCCGGUCACGGAGGAUGUGGACGUGUACAGCCCAACAUUCGUCGCGAAGGUCUUAAGCUCUUCACACAGUGGAAAAAGGGAAAGGGCGAGGACGAAGAGGGCGAGGAGACAUCCGGCAUCGCGCAGGCAGAGAAGCGUCCCUUGCCUGCAUCCGAGGCCCACACCAUCCUCAAGAAGAUGUCGAGCGAGGACAUUGCCGUCCUCGGUCUUUCCGAGGAGAACGCGCGCCCGGACUGGAUGAUCUUGACCGUCAUGCCUGUCCCACCCCCGCCUGUCAGACCUUCGGUGCAAGAUGGAGGUGAAGAUGAUUUGACAUACAAGCUGGCCGAUGUCAUUCGUGCCAACGCCACCCUCAAGAAGAUGGAGCAGGAGGGUACACCCGCACACAUUCUCGCCGACUUUGAGCAGUUGCUCCAAUUCCACUGCGCCACCUUCAUGGACAAUGACAUUGCCGGUCAACCCCAGGCGAUGCAAUCGAGUGGUAGGCCUAUCAAGUCGGUCCGUGCCCGUCUGAAGGGUAAGGAAGGUCGUCUCCGUGGUAACUUGAUGGGUAAGCGUGUCAACUUCUCGGCACGUACCGUCAUUACUGGUGAUCCUCUCCUGGAGCUUGACGAGGUCGGUGUGCCCAAGUCGAUUGCCCGCAACCUUACAUACCCGGAGCGAGUGACUCCUUACAAUCGAGCCUGGCUUUCGGAGCUGGUCCGCAACGGGCCCAACGACUAUCCCGGUGCCAAGUAUGUCAUCCGAGACACGGGCGAGCGUAUCGACCUCAAAUACAACAGGCGCAGCGACAUGGCGCUGCAGCCAGGCUGGAUCGUCGAACGCCACCUCAAAGAUGGUGAUUACAUUCUUUUCAAUCGUCAACCCUCCUUGCAUAAGAUGUCAAUGAUGUCGCACAGGAUCAAGCUCAUGGAUUACUCGACCUUCCGUCUCAACCUCAGUGUCACGCCUCCCUACAACGCCGAUUUCGACGGUGACGAGAUGAACUUGCACGUUCCGCAGAGCGAAGAGACUCGUGCCGAGCUCUCGCAAAUUGCAUGGGUUCCUCGACAGAUUGUGUCGCCUCAGGCCAACAAGCCCGUCAUGGGUAUUGUUCAGGACACGCUCUGCGGUAUAAGAAAGUUCUCGUUGCGAGACUGUUUGCUGGAUUACCAGCAGGUUCAGCAGGUCUUGCUUUGGGUCGCCGAUUGGGAUGGUGUCGUACCCAUGCCCUGCAUCUUGAAGCCGAAGCCGUACUGGUCGGGUAAGCAGAUCUUGUCGAUGUGCAUUCCCAAGGGUAUCAAUGUCUUCUUGGACAAGGACAAGGGUCUCAAGAACAACUUCUUGAAGGAUGAUGGUGUCUACAUCGAAAACGGUGAGAUCAUGUACGGUGUCAUCAACAAAAAGGUCGUCGGUGCCUCUGCCGGUGGUCUCAUCCACAUCAUCUUCCGUGAGAAGGGCCCAGUCGUUUGCAAGCGCUUCUUCUCUGGAGUUCAGCGCGUCGUCAACUUCUGGCUCUUGCAUAACGGCUUCUCGAUCGGUAUCGGAGACACCGUAGCCGACAAGGCUACCACGGACAGUAUCAACCAGACUAUCACUGCAGCCAAGGCCGCCGUUAUGGACUACAUCAAGUAUGCCAGGCACGAUUGGCUCAAGGUCGAGGCUGGUAUGACAUUGCGAGAGUCGUUCGAAGCCAACGUCAACCGUGUCCUCAACCAGGCGCGUGACGAUGUCGGUAACCACGCCGAGGCCAGCUUGCCCGAUUUCAACGCUGUCAAGCAGAUGGUGGUGGCCGGAUCCAAAGGUUCGUUCAUCAACAUCUCGCAGAUGUCAGCGUGUGUUGGACAACAGUCCGUCGAGGGUAAGCGCAUCCCCUUCGGUUUCCGCCACCGCAGUCUUCCUCAUUUCACCAAGGACGACUUCACUCCCGAAAGUCGUGGUUUCGUCGAGAACUCGUACCUCCGAGGUCUUACCGCUCAGGAAUUCUUCUUCCACGCCAUGGCAGGUCGUGAGGGUCUUAUCGACACGGCCGUUAAGACGGCAGAGACCGGUUAUAUUCAGCGUCGUUUGGUCAAGGCGCUCGAGGACGUGAUGGUCUGCUACGACGGUACCGUUCGAAACUCAACCAACAACGUCAUUCAGUUCGCCUACGGAGAGGAUGGUAUCGAUGGUGCCCAGGUCGAGACUCAAACCUUGUUGACACUGAAGCUCAACGACGCCGACUUCCGUCACAUGUUCCGCGUCGAUCUGCACGACAGCGGCUUCAAGAAGGGCACGCUUCGACCGGGUCUUGGCGAUUGGUCGCAGGAGCUGCAAGACCUUCUCGACGAGGAGUUUGCCCAGCUCGAGUUCGAUCGACACCUUCUUCGUACAGAGAUCUUCCAGUCGGACCAGGUGCAAGUUCGUCUUCCCAUGAACGUCGCCCGUCUCAUGCUAAAUGCUCAGCAGAUUUUCCACAUCGACCAGCGCAAGCCAAGCGACCUUUCGCCUGCUGAGAUUAUCAUCGGUCUUCGUGAGGUCCUGGAACGCUUGAUCGUCAUUCGUGGUGAUGAUCCUAUCUCACGCGAGGCGCAGGUAAACGCGACGCUGCUCUUCAAGAUCCACCUGCGCUCGUAUCUAUGCUCGAAGAUGGUAAUCGAGCAGCAUCACAUCAACAAGGAGGCAUGGGAAUGGAUUCUCGGAGAGAUCGAGGGGCAGUUCGCCCGAUCGGUUGCCAACCCGGGUGAGAUGUGCGGUACAUUGGCAGCACAGAGUAUCGGAGAGCCUGCUACGCAGAUGACGCUCAACACCUUCCACUAUGCCGGUGUGUCGAGUAAGAACGUCACGCUCGGUGUGCCUCGUUUGAAAGAGAUCAUCAACUGUGCCGAGAACAUCAAGACGCCCUCGGUGACUGUCUACCUCACGGAGCAGUACAGCCAAUCGCAGGAGGCGGCCAAGGUGAUCCAGACCGCGCUCGCGCACACGACCCUGCAGACGGUCACUUCAGCCGUCGAAGUUCACUAUGACCCCGAUCCGUCAGCUACGGUCAUCGAGGAGGACAAGGACUUCGUAGAGGCUUUCUUCGCCAUUCCUGAUGAAGAGGUCGAGGCAAGUCUCGAGCGCCAGUCUCCCUGGCUCCUGCGUCUCGAGCUCGACCGUGCUCAGAUGCUCGACAAGAACCUGACUAUGGCCGACGUCGCUUCCAAGAUCAGUGCCAUGUUUGGCCAGGACAUCUUUGUGAUGCACUCCGAAGACAACGCCGAGAACCUCAUCUUGCGUAUUCGUGUCGUCGACAAUGACCCUGAGAAGGAGGCUCAGGGUGAAGAGGAGAUCUUCCUCAAGAACCUUGCCUCGCAGAUGCUGGCCGAGAUCGAUCUCAAGGGUAUCAAGGGUAUCAAGAAGGUCUACAUCGUUCAGCAGGACAACAAGACGAGACGUAUCGAUCCCGUUACUGGCGAUUGGCGCACUGUCUCGGAAUGGGUUCUCGAAACGGACGGAAGCAAUCUUACCGAGGUGCUUGCCGUCGAAGGUGUCGACGCCAUCCGAACCAGCUGCAACAACCCCGUUGAGGUCUUCCGCGUGUUUGGUAUCGAGGCAGCUCGAAACUCGUUGCUCAAGGAAACGCGAGCGGUUAUCGAGUUCGACGGUUCCUACGUCAACUACCGUCAUUUGGCGCUGCUGUGCGACAUCAUGACGAGUCAGGGUGCCUUGAUGGCCAUCACUCGUCACGGUAUCAACCGUACCAACCAGGGAGCUCUCAUGCGAUGUACUUUCGAAGAGACAGUCGAGCUCUUGAUCGAGGCGGCAUCGAUGGGUGAUAUUGACGACUGCAAGGGUGUAGCGCAGAACGUCCUGCUUGGUCAGAUGGCGCCUAUGGGUACGGGUGCCUUCGACCUCAACCUGGAUCUUGAUAUGCUCAAGGACACCAUUGUCAACCACGCGUUGCCCUACGACAUCUUGCUGGCAUCGCGUUCGCUUGACGCAGCUGGCGGCAAGACUCCUGGCGCGAUGACCCCCUACGACUCGAGCUCGCCUGCCUCGGACGACGCCUUCCGUGUCCACGAGCAGGCCAUGUUCAGUCCGCUCGCUCAGACUGGUGGCGACGAGGGUGGCUACAGCGACUACCUCCUUGCUGGACAAAGUCCUAUGCGCACGCCCUUGGGUGCACAGAGUCCUGCUGGCUACGGCUUCUCGCCUGUUUCGCCAGGUUACGUGCCGACUUCGCCCGGCUAUGCCACUUCGCCUGCUGGUGCACUGGGUGCUAUGAGCCCUUGGACAGGCAACAACGGUCUUGGCGCCACUUCGCCGGCGUACAGUCCCACUUCGCCACGUAUCUUUGGUGGUGCAACGAGUCCGUCGUACUCACCCACAUCACCGAGCUACAGUCCUGCUUCGCCCAACUACUCUCCAUCGAGCCCAGCUGGUGCAGGCUACUCGCCCACGAGCCCACGCAUGAGUCCGACGAGCCCUGUUGGCCGAUACGGCGCGGCGACAAGUCCACAGUACUCGCCUGCUUCCCCCAAGUUCUCGCCAACAAGUCCCAACUACAGUCCUGCCAGUCCAGCAUAUACUCCCACUUCGCCAGUCUACUCGCCUACGUCCCCAGCGAUAGCGGGUCGCGGCGGUGCCAAGAGCUUCAGCCCAACAUCGCCUGCGUACUCGCCCACCUCGCCGCAGUACUCGCCUGCUUCGCCCGCAUUUUCGCCGACGUCGCCACAGUACUCUCCUGCUUCCCCUCAGUAUUCCCCCACGUCACCGCAGUACUCUCCAACCAGUCCAGCGAUGGGAGGUGCAUCGGGCCCUGGCGCUCCUGGUGCCGGCGGCGCUGCAUCGCCGCGUCGUAGCCGCAUGUCCAACAAGCCGGCGUGGCAGCGUUAA